UGAUUGCUUUUGAACAAUGACUGUUGAACAAUUCACUUUGUACGAUGACAACUCAUGAACAGUUUUUUUUUCAAUUACCAAAUCCUCCACAGUUUACUAUCUCUGGCAAACUUACGAAGUGCAGGUUGAAUAUGUACAGAAUGCAGAGUAAAUUAUUCAAAACCUAACUGUAUAUAUCUACAUUUUUGUUGUUGCAAUUAGAUUUUCAACUAUUCUUGUCCUUUAACGCAACUAUGAAUCGAUAGAAACUAUAAAAAAAUAACUAACUUGUAGUUUAACCCACAACAUCUUUCUACUCAUAGAAAAAACUAUAUCAUACCAUAGAGAAAGGAUAAGCAUAAGCGUAUUUGUUUGUAUCUUAUGAUACUUUUCAAAUAUUACCCUCAAUAAGUUCUAGAUUCAAUAACAUCGCUGAUAUAAUGAAUAGAUAGUCUUGACUUUUUAUCGUCCAAGCAGAAGAUUUGAUCGAUAAAAGAUAAAUGUCUUCUCCACCACCAAGGCACUACCUCAUAAUAUCUAUGUGCUAUCUUUCUUCAUGAACGUAUUGUUUUGUAUCUAAAACUUAUUAAGUUUCAUUAGCACGAAGAAGACAAGGCAGAUCGAAGAAAGGAUGGCUUGUAGACUUGCAAGAAGAUCUGCGUGUUAUGGGAAGGAUAAGAUGGAGAACAGUAGUAAGGUUUUAACUUCCUUAGGGAUUGAUGGAGAGGCUUGGUGAUGGAGGCCGCCCUUGGCCACGACGGACUAUAGAGCCGCAUAGCGUGGAGAGUACGUCGAAAUUCUAUUGCCCAAAUAAUUGUGGUAGAAGUUACAAUAAUAAAGGAAACCUGAACAGACAUCUGAGAUAUGAGUGUGGAGUGGAACCCCAGUUCCAAUGUGACCAGUGUCCUUUUCUUACUAGGCAUAAAGACCAUCUGCGAAAACAUGUGCUUCUGAGACACGCUGCAAUAAAAAUCCAAAUAUGAUUACUUAUUACAUUUGUACAAUGACUGUUGAACAAUUCACUUUGUACGAUGGCAACUGAUGAACAGUUGUUUUCAAUUAUCAAAUCCUCUACAGUUUACUAUCUCUGACUAACUUACGAAGUACAGGUUGAAUAUGUACAGAAUUCAAAAUAAAUUAUUUCAAAUCCUAA